AUGUCAGUCUCUCCAUAUUAUCGGACGAAAUUACGUGGCCUCUAUACGACAGCUAAGGCUGAUGCAGAAGCUGAAUGCAACAUCCUCCGCAAGGACUUGGACAAGAUUGCUGAGAUAAAGUCUCUUUUGGAAGAAAGGCGAAUUGCUGCCAAGAUUGCUGGUCUCUACAAUGACUCUGAGCCGCCACGUAAAACCAUGCGCCGUGGAGUGCUGAUGACUCUUCUCCAGCAGAGCGCCAUGACUCUUCCAUUGUGGAUUGGGAAGCCUGGAGAAAAGCCACCUCCCCUUUGCGGUGCCAUCCCUGCCUCUAGUGAUUAUGUGGCCAAACCAGGAGAUAAGGUGGCAGCUCGUGUCAAGGCUGUUGACGGGGAUGAACAGUGGAUCUUGGCUGAAGCUGUGAGCUACAAUCAUGCCACCAACAAAUACGAGGUGGAUGACAUUGAUGAAGAAGGAAAAGAGCGUCAUACCUUGAGCCGGCGUCGCAUCAUCCCUCUGCCUCAGUGGAAGGCCAAUCCUGAAACAGACCCGGAGGCCUUGUUCCAGAAGGAUCAGUUAGUCCUCGCCUUGUACCCACAAACCACCUGCUUCUACCGAGCCCUUAUCCACGCUCCACCUCAGCGGCCCCAAGAUGACUACUCGGUCCUCUUUGAAGAUACCAGCUAUGCAGAUGGCUACUCUCCCCCUCUCAAUGUAGCUCAGCGCUAUGUUGUGGCUUGCAAAGAAACAAAGAAGAAGUGACAUUGCCCUGCACCAACAGCUUGGUGAGGAACAAGGUCUAUUCCAGUGAACUUCUGCAGAAGGACAGUGAAUGAAGCAGGAAGCAACAGAAGCCCAUCAAGAGCAGGAGUUUAUGAAUCUAAGAACCUUGCCUUCCAAUUCAACACAGUCAGCUUUGUGAAAAAUAAUUACAUGAUUACUUCCAA